UGAUAAAAGAGAAUUGAUAUUAAAUUUUGAAUUCUUUUUAAAUAAUGACUGUUCAGUUCCUUUGCUUUUAUUCGAGAAUUUCUGGUUAGCACCGCGCGGAUUUAUCUUCUCGUCCAUCACACUCUCCGAAGUAGUACUAAUAGUCCGAAUCCUAAGGAAACUACCAACUACGAGUAUCCCUAAAAUGAAUGCACCCGAAAGAUUGAGUCAAAAAGCCUCACAAAGCGUGAUGAAGCGGUUUGGAACAUGGGUACGAAGCCCAGAGUUUCGUAAAUAUUUGAUGAGUACUCACUUCUGGGGCCCUUUGUCAAAUUUUGGUAUUCCUAUUGCUGCUAUCCUGGACUUGAAGAAGGACCCUAAACUGAUUUCUGGGCAAAUGACUUCUGCUCUUCUUGUUUAUUCUGCCGUCUUUAUGCGUUAUGCCUGGAUGGUAAGCCCUAGAAAUUAUCUUUUGAUGGGCUGUCACGCUUUCAAUUGCACCGUACAAAGUGUCCAAGGGGUCCGGUUCACAAAUUUUUGGUAUGGAAACGGUGACCAAAAGCCUGUUGUCCAAAAUGUUCUGAAGGCUGCUAAGAAGGAAAAUACUCCUAAGGAUUAAAUUUAAAAUUUUUUUAUAUUUCAUGCUCCCUUCUCUAAUCGUAUAAAUUUUUAAGGAUAAGUAAGAAUUUGUAUGUUAGGAUUCAUAUGAUCUGGUUCUACGAUUUCGCUUUACAUUUGCAGAGAUGAGUCGAAGUUACUAUAUUCUAUGAUUUUAGAAUAGUUUCGGGAUAUCUUUUUUCAUUCUUUUCUUUGUCGUGUUUUCGAUCAUAGAUUUAGGCUAUAACUGCAUCGUUUUUAAUAUAAGAAAAUCAGAUAUUUUUCGCUCAAGAGUAUGAGUGUGCGUGUG